UUAAUCAGUCUCAUUCCGGCAGCAUCCGUUAACGCAUCAUGAAGCCACCGGGGGUGGAAAAAUGUCCCACUGUAUACGAAGACUACGAAUUUUCCCUCUCCGAGUCGUAUCGGAAAAUAGCUCAAAAAGAGCUUCACGAAUCCGAAGAGAUUCGUACGCAAGCUUUGCGCCAAAUGCGUGAGUGGAUCGCGAAAAAACCCUGCCAUCCUAAAGUGUCGACCGGAUGGAUCGUUUCUGUUGAGAUUCUUAAGAGUGCGGAAGUUCAAUCAUGUGGCCGCGUGUGAAAAUCUGGGACGUUAUCUAGUGCUCCGACAAAAGUUCGCUGAAUGGUUCCAAAAGUUGGACGUGAGCGAACCUUGGGUGGAUGAGAUGAUCGACGACUGGCCCAUUUUGCCGCUAGGAUACGACGAUCGAGGACGAUUAGUGAUCAUGAUCAAGAUGGGCAAUUUCAAAGUGGAGCGGUUCAACAACGUUGACCAAAUCCGGAUGAUGAUGAUGAUAUUGGAAAGUUACUACGAGGAGGAGAAGAUGCAGGUCGCAGGGUGCGUUUACGUGUUCGAGGAUACCGGGUUGACGAUGAGUCACGUCGCUCAAUGGUCCUUGACGGAUAUCAAGAAUUUCGUAGACGCUGUGAACCACACCAUUCCGAUGAGGAUCAAAGAAGUACACGCGGUGAAUCUACCGAGGUAUGCGGUGGCUGUUGCGGAGUUGUGUUUGGGGUUCGCAAGUGCAAAACUAAAAGCUCGAGUGCAUUGUCAUCGUACCAUGGAGUCGCUGACGAAAAUGGUGGCGCAGUCCAUGUUACCCAAGGAGUACGGUGGAGAAGCUCCCAUAGCCGACUUCAAGAAGCAGCUUCGAGAACGUUUGACCAAAAAUCGUGAUAUCAUUUUGGGACUGGAUCAAAUGGAAGUUGAUCAGUCCAAGUACGCAACGUUGUGGAAAGACGGAGGUCCGUCUGGGGAUGGUGCUUGCGGUACGAGGGAUACCUUCGGAGUAGUGGGAAGCUUCCGAAAGCUGAAUGUUGAUUAAGUAGGUUGUAAAUUUAUUGAAAUCAAGUUGAAUAAACUGGCGAAUUGCGUGCUUCGUGUAAUCAUUGGCAUUCUUUACGUUAAUGGCCGGAAUGGCCAGAGGUAUACAGUGGUCCUUGACGAGAUAGGCGUAUCCUUGACGGGAUUCUGGUAGGAUACAUCACACCAGCCAAGAGGACGAAUUCAUAGGCAAAGCACGGAAGGUCUUGAUAAUACACUUCUACUAAAUUUAACGGAUACCAGUCUCUUCAUUUAUUCAUAUUGAUGUCCAUCGUUCGUUUUGUCUUGGUUAGAUUUGCCGAUUAUUGUAAUGUUGAUUUGUGUCAUUUUCGUUUUUAAGAACUGG